AUGGCAAGUUCAAGAGUGAUAGGUGCUGCAUUCUUGAUCUUGCUUAUUCUAGACCUCACUUUUGCUGCCAGGUUACCAAAGGCAAUGAGUAAAGGAGGUGGUGGGGGUGGAGGCGGUGGCGGCGGCGGUGGCUCAACGACGGGGCUUGGUUCGGGUUCCAGUUCAGGAUAUGGAUCAGGGGGUGGUGAGGGAUAUGGUGGUGGGAGUGGAGGAAGCGGAGGAAGCGGAGGAGGAGGUGGAGGUGGAGGAGGUGGUGGUAGUGGUAGUGGGUCAGGUAGUGGGUCAGGUAGUGGCUAUGGGUAUGGGUAUGGCAGUGGCUCAGGCAAUGGGUCUAGUGGUGGGGGAGGAGGAGGGGGGGGUGGAGGUGGGGGGGGAGGUGGGUCAGGUAGUGGAUAUGGCUAUGGAUAUGGGUAUGGGUAUGGGUAUGGCAGUGGCUCAGGUUCUGGGUCUGGAAGUGGAGGAGGAGGAGGUGGUGGUGGUGGAGGAGGUGGAGGCUCUGGGUCAGGCUAUGGAAGUGGAAGUGGGUCGGGGUAUGGAAGUGGCAGUGGCAGUGGCAGUGGCAGUGGCAGUGGCAGUGGCAGUGGUGGUGGUGGUGGAGGAGUGCUGGAGAAAAGAGUGAGAGGGAGCACUGUGGAGGGUAGAGAGGAGAGGAGGCUGGAGAGGCUGGAGAGGCUGGAGAUGAAAGUUUGA